CUCUUCCAGCCACAGCAUUCCCUGCCACACUUUUCAUUUAUAUCCUACAAAAACCCAGUCAUGAUUUCAAUAUCAGUUCGUAAUCAAGUCAGUCUUGAAUAGAAACCAAAGAUAAAACCAAAGACAAACCAAUAGCCAAAAGUAGAGGCAAACUAAAUAUAUUUUUUAUACAAGAAGCAGCGCAGGGAGCAACCAGGUGAACAAUAAUUAUUAAGCCGAAUUUCAGCUGCUAAAUUUCCCCCAAGCCAGCAUGGCGGAUGAUCGCAAGAGUUUCAAGGCGACAACUGUGCAGGUGCGCCUGGGUGUUAAAAAGGCCAAGCCCACAGAUGUCGCCGAAAAGCAGGAGCAGGAGAAGCACAAGCACAAGGAGCACAAGGACAGAUCGGAGCGUGUGCUGGGCAAGAAUAAGUGUCCGCCGCGCAAGAGUACCGGCAAGAAGACCAAGGAGCAGCGAAUCAUUCAGCAGUUUCGCAACAUUGACUUUUCGCGCAAGGACUCGGACCACCAGCUGACGGUGCAGACGCUGGAGUUUCCCGAUGCCAACAUCAAGCGCACGGAUCUGCACCGGCGGGACGAGUGCGGCCAGAGUGUGGUGCGCAAGAGGGGUCGCGACUUCGCCAGCUCCAGCAACUCGCAUUUCCGCGAUGGCGUGCAGACGGUGAAGAUACGGAAGCAGAGCUGCACCUCGACGACGGCAUCGAGCCAAUCGAGCAGUCGCGUGUCGUCGGCACGGCCCUCGGCCCCGGUGCGCGGCAUGCCCGACUCGCAGGAGAUGAUCGACUCGCUGCACGAGCCCUCCGAGCGACCGCCGUUCUUCAAGGGCGAGGUGUGGAAGAAGCCGUGUCCGGCCAGCUUCAUUGCCGGCGCCCCACGCUCCCACAUCGGACGCUGUCCGGAUAACUACAAUCAGCUGGCGAAGCUGCGUCCGUCGCGCCAGAAGUUCUUCCUCACGCAGGACCCCCGGCAGACGCACUGCCUGGUGAAUCCUGUGGCGCUGCGGCACAAGCCGCUCACGAAAGUGCAGGAGUACGAGGUGAUCAGCAAGAUGGUGAAGCACGGCGAUAAUCUGUGCGCCAGCACCGGUUCCGAGGGCUCCGAUUCGCACAUCAGCGAACUGAUCGAUCUGCAGAAUCCCUUGAACUUGGACUUCCAUGGCAUGGACUACAAGAACACGUACGAGCAGGACGAGAACGAGCAGGAGGACACGCAGACCUAUUGGCGCGUGAAUCGGUACAUGGCCCGGCGGGCCACCAAGCAGAACACCCAGGUGAAGGUGGAGGCAGAGCUGAAGGCGGAGCGUCUGGCGGUGCCCCGACGCUUCACCACCCUCAUCAAGGACGAGCCGAUGCAGGAGGAGCCGGUGGUCAAGUCGCCACGUCUGGUGGAUCUCUAUCGCAGUCCCGACAAGCCCGCAAACAAGAGGAAGAUCGACGAGGAGCGCGCCAGGCGUGAGGCACGCUACAAGGACAUUUAUUUGCGCAACAAGCAGCGCACCUUGGAGCAGGAGAAGGAGCGCCAGAAGCAGGAGGCGGCCGAAAAGGAGAUACAGGCACGCACCGUCGCCGAGCAGGAUCUGCGCGAGGAUCUGGCCAUCAUCGACGAUGCCAUCGAGCGGAGUUUCCGCAAGAAUGUCGAGAUCAAGCCGGUGGUGCGCAAUCGCAAGGUCUUCCCCAAGACCCUCACCGAAACGGAGCGCCUGAAGGCGGUCAUGCAUCGCGAGAACUGUGUGGCCCGGGACAAGGCGAAGGUCACCCAACAGUUCUUCCUGGAGCGCACCGGCAAGCUGAAGGAGCUGCGCGCCGCCGAGCAGAAUCUGCGCUGCGAGGAGAGCAUCGAGGGCAGCGUGGGGUCCACGCCCAGCGAGCAGAGCAGCGACGAUGAGGACUACCUGAAGGUGGGCAAGAUUGGUGACCAUUUCCAGCUGCGUGGCUUCCACUUCAAGCACGGCGAUGGGCUGCGCGGCAAGCUGCAUCGCCACCAGAUCAUGCAGGGCCAGCGCACGGUCAAGGGCUGUCUGACGCGCGAGGAGUGGCUCAAUCAGCUGGUGCCGCACAAGGAGCCCAUCAAGCUGGACAUCGAGCGGGGCAUCAUCAAGGUCAUGGAUCCCGACGAUCCCAAUUUGGAUCUGUUCCCGCCGUUGCCGCUCACGAUGAAGCGCCAUGUGCGCCAGAGCGCCGUCCGGGAGUUCAUUGACAAGCGGCUGGGCAUGCACUACCAUCGAUUGCUGCGCAAGAACAUCAAAGUGAUCAAGCCGAAGCUGCAGUACAACGUGCGCAAGUUCAAUCUCAUUCGGUAUGUCUUCCCCGAGAAGGUGAUUGUGUUCGAAGACCGCAAUCAGGUGGAUGUCGCCGAUGUGGAUGUGCUGGAUGCCACCAAGACCACCACCACACUCGAGUAUCUGAAUCUAAAGCAGAAAAUAGCCUCGAUCAAGCGGCACAAGAAGAAGCUGGCACGCAUGGAGCUGCUGGGGCUGCCGUGUCAGGAGAUCAAGAAGCAACAGCUGCGGGAUCUGGGCCAGGACGAGGGCGAUCACGAGGAAAUCGAAGUGGAUUGGGUGCCAACGCCAGAGCCACCCUACGAUCAGUCGGCGCACACCGAUGAAACGGGUUCGAGCGCGAACAGUCGCCUCUCCGGCGGCUGCGACACUCAGCGGAAGGACCUGCGCUGCUUUAUGCCCCACUGGAAGCGUCAGGGCUUGCUGCAAACAGCCAGCAACAACAACAAUCAGAAGAAUCGCAACCGCAACAGAAACUGGAGCAACAGCAUUCUCCGGGGACGCGUGUCGCCCCGGGAGGAGCCCGAGAGCCAGCAGAAGAACACCAACCACGACAGGUAUUGGCGCAACAGCAUCAUGCGGCGACAGAGCACGCCCGAUGGUCAGCAGACGGUCGCCUCGAUCUUUCGCAAUAGCCGAAAUCGCGAGGGCUACUGGCGCAACAGCAAAAUGUGCGGCCAAAUGUCCUCCAACGGACGCCUGUUGGCCGGUGCCGGGUACCAGCCGAUGCGCUAUCGCGGCAAUAUGCCGGCACCACAGCUGCGCGAGAAAACGCUGACAAUCCAUCCGCGUCGUCGGCGCGACUACGAGGCCGAACGCAUCCCGUCGGCCCUGUUCAACGAGGUGCUGCCCUACUCCCCGGUGCCGCUGCUGGAACAGCCCGAGCCAGAGCGCAUACGCCUGGCGAAUGUGCGCAAGAAGAAACGUCGCUAUACGGACAUCUUUGAGGCACGCCACCACCACGACCACUGGGCGCCCACCCAAGUGAAGAAUGUCCAUGUGCAGUACCAGAACAAGACCGUGCAUCCGGAGAUCACGACCGUACUGAAGCGGAUCAAGGAGCCGGUCAUUAAGUUCGACAAGGCCAAUCCUCCGUGCAAGCAGCACAUCAACAUGGACCUCACCAUGCCGCGCUAUGACUUUGAGACGAUCAUCCACGAGCAUCUGGCUGCCACGCGCACCGACAACAAGGAGGCCGCGGGUGCGGUGGUGCAGGAUCUUUGCUAUCCGCAUGACUUUGUGUUUCACUCCAGGGAUCCGGAGGAAAUAGCCAAAUUGGAUUUCCCUGGCCGGCGGCAGUAUUUGGAGUUUCUGCGCGAGACGCGCGAGGCCAUCUACGAGACGAAGGACAUUGAGCCGGGCGAGGAGCGGCUGCUGGUGGACCGCAAGGCAAUCACCGCUGAUCUGGAGGAGGAUUUGCGCAGCAUUGAGAACUGCCUGAGUUCGCUGAGCAGCUCCACGUGCACAGAUCUGUCGAAUGACAGCGGCAGCUUUCUGGUGGUCGAGGGCAAGACCAAAAUACCCCUGGACUACAUACGGAAGCCACUGGUGCCGUUCGAGGAGAUGCGACGCUCUCGGUUCCAUACCACGGUCAUCGAUGUGAAUGCCGAGGACGAGGAUCCGUAUCGCAUGCUGCCGUUUUCGGGCCAGCACAAGGAACAGUCGGCCAUGAUGGGGCCCAAGGACACGUUCUUUACGUUCAGCACACGGCUGCGGAACAGUCUGCGCCUGCGCCUGGAGGUGGAGGUGCCCGAUGUGCGCAAUACACUGCUGGGCCCCGGCAAUCGCAAAUAUUAUGGCGCUGUGAUCACAGAUCUCGAUGAGAACUACAUCGAGGAGCUGAAGAGUCGCGCCAAUGUCAAGACAUUCAACUUUAAGACGGGCAUUGAGCUGCUCAAGGAUGCCAUGCGACUCAAGUACGAGUCGCUGCUGAUCCAGGGCCAGAUGGUGCGCACAAAGAUCUACGAUCGGAUGAACGAGCGGCAUUGGGUGAACAUGAAGAACACCAAGAACCUGUACGAGGGACUCUUUGCCAAGUGGCAGAAGAAGGAGUACAAUGCGGCCAUGACGCUGGUCUAUCAGGUGAAGGCCUACUACGAGAUCACCGACAAGCUGAAGCAGCAGUUUCGCGAGCUGGAGCGUGAGCUGAUGAUGCUCAACAUGGACAUUGUGUUCAUUGAGGGCCAUUGGAUACGCUGCAUAAUGCUGCAGAAUUUUCACUACCUGAUGGGCGAUCAGGACUGGCGCAUGGAGCACGAUUGGAUACACCUGCUGCCCACCUCGAAGCUGGGCAAGGGCGAGUCCGCCGAGGAAGUGGCUGAGGAGCAGGAGCAGCAGCAGCAGCAGCAGCAGCAGCAGCAGCAUCAGCAGGAGCUAGAUGUGGCGGAGGAGCAGGCGGCGGCAGAGCAGGGGGAGCCGGAGCAUGUGGUGCACGAGCUGGAACGCGCAGACAUUUCCAUAGCCAGGCGAGCCAUUGUCAACAUUCGUGUGCGCGACAAGGACGAUGCGUGGGCCAUACGCGCCUUCUACUACGACGUCUACAUGCAGAAGAUCCAUCCCAUUCUGCAGGUCUUUCCCGAUGCCGAGGCCUUUCUGCAGGGCGUGGAUAACCUCAAGACAAAGACCUUCAUGACCCUACUGGAGAUGCACUUUACGCUGUCGAUUCACACGGAGCUGCAGGGGCGACUGGAGACCUUCAUGGACUGGUGCAGCAAGCACCUCAAGGAGAAGGAGGAGUACGUGGCCCGCAAAUCGGCCAAGAAGUUCUUCAUGGAGGGUCGUGCCAUCGAAAUGGAGCAUCGUGUGCUGCACUAUCUGGACAAGCCCAUCGAACAGUCCUUCGCCGACGAGGAGUUCAACAAGCAUCGCGCCGUCAUCGCUGAGGUGUGGCGACGCGUCGUGCCGGACACGGUGCGUGGCACCAGCGAUGUGGUGCCCUGCACUGCCGAUAUGGUGGCCGGCGUCAGCGAUGUGGUGAUGGAGCUGCUCGGCCGAUUCGAGCACAUGGACAUACACAAGGUGCGCGAGGUGGAGCUGUCGCUGCGCAAGAAGCGCCGCUAUCUGGAGAAGAUAUCGGCGCAGGCCUACCAGGUGGAGCGGCGCAUCGAAAUGGAAAUGAAGAAGGUGAAGCGCAACCUGGAGCCGCCGUACAAGCCGCCCAAGCGGGAGGGCAAGCUGCCGCGACUGUUCUUCAAGAAGCGCGUCGUGCAUGUGCCGGUGCCCAAGCUUGUCGUCUCGGAGAACACAAAGAACUUUAUGCGCGCGUUCAAGGAUGAUGGCGAAGUGAUUGCCGACUCGCUGACACAGGACUCGCUGCUGGUGGUGGACAACAUGCAGGAGCAGAUAGUGCCCUUCUAUUUCGAUCAUUUCCUCAAAAUCCACGGCUAUACGCCCAACUAUAACUUCAAGACGAACAUCGAGCUGCGCGACGGGCCCGAGGUGGCUCGCCUCAAGAUCAAGGAGGUCAUACCCGAUGUGCUGAUUCGCCUGGAGAACUGGGAGCUGACACACAAGAAGAUCAUGGAGGAGAAUAUUCAACGUAAUCCCAAAAUGUAUGAGAAUAUUAGCUAGAGAUUUUUUAGCUAUUUUAUGCGCAAUAUUUAAUAAUAUUUAAUAAAUUACAAGUGAGA